CGAUCUCUUCCUCGGUUCCUCUGCCCGAAUCAGCGACGGCUUCCGGUCUGAGCAGCUGCUCGGCCACCAUAUUGGGAUUUGUUGCAGCAACCAGAGGGGACCGAGAGGGAGAGCGAGGCCUCGGCUCUGUCGCUCCUUGCGGCCGCCCGAGGAAGGAAAGGAGGCAGUCCGUGGAUCUGGUCCAGCACCAGCCAUCAAGGCCUGAUUGAGGGGGGAAAAGUUACCAUUACGGGAUCUGAAAGCUUCUUGUGGACUUGUCUCCAAGCCCAGGGGAAGUCAGAAGAAGGGCUUCAAGUGACAUCAUGGAGGAGAAUGGAGAUGACGUGACUUCCCUGGCGGCCUACAUUUCAACAGAUGGCAGCUAUACAGAGACCGUUCCGAUGCCGAACCAUGGCAACCUGGCGGCUUCAUCUCAGGGCUCUUCCUCUGCCACCAAAUCAAGGCGCCAGCCUGUUUGGACCGACGAGGAGACCCGGGCCUUCAUCCAGGUGUGGGGUGAUGAUGCUGUGCAGAGUGCCCUGGCCUCCAACUACCGCACUGUUGCGCAGUUCCAGUGGAUAGCAGAUGAAAUGCGAGCCCGGGGAUACAACCGGGACUGGGAGCAGUGUCGCGAACGUGCCAAGGUGCUACGACGUGGCUUCAAAGAGAUCGUGGAUGGGAACAGCAAUGCGGGCCACGGGCGCCGUGUGUGGCCAUAUUACGAGGAACUCAAUCGCUUCCUUUGCAUCAAGCAAAAUCUGGUUGUCCCGCGGCUUUCAGGGAGCAAUGCCAGGCCACCUGUUGACCGCCGACGCCGGGAGCACAGGGAAGCUCAGGAUGCUCCCUAUGAGCCACCGUUAUCGGCAGGCAAGGGUGACAAAGGGACCUUUGAAGAGCCCGAUGGAGACUGUUUACUGUUGCCGGAAUCUGCUGGAUCACAGCAGAGUGAGCCUAAUAUGGAAAAUCAAGUGGCAUCUCCAGCAGCAAACUCGGACAUCUCCAUGGAGGGGAGUGUCGGCCCCGGCACACCCACAGACCCUUUGCCACCCAAUGAUUCAGUCACUGCGACAAAUCUACGCCCCCGACCCUUGACGGCUGCUGAGCGAAUGCGGAACCUUCGUUGCAGGCAGAGAAAGAGGAGGGGGGACACCUUGAAAGAGCUCAUGGAGGUCACUUCCCAGGCUACCAGCGAACUCGUACGGACCUUGUCUGACCUCACGCACAAAGAGGUGGCUUCCUUUGAGCGUGCCUACAAAGAGGAUCUUGCUGCCCGGAAGGAUGAAAUGGAGCAGAGUGCCGAGGACAUUGGAAGGCUCGUCAGUGCUCUGGAAUCGAGCGAUCAGACCCUAAAAGAGCAGCUGAGCAGCCAGACCAGUGUCUUGCAAGGCAUACUGGAAGUUAUGAAAGACAUAAGGGGCAGAACGUCAUACAGCCCUCCAUACCCUUCACAGUAUUACGAUUUCCCAGGCCCUAGCAUGAUGCAUACGGCGGGUACCUCCUCAAAUGGCCAAGAGAUGCCCUGCCCCUCCCCUUCCAGCCUUGCAUUCACAUCCCAGCAGUCUGCAACCAGCAACGGAGAUGUCUCCCCCAGGAAGCGGAUGAAAUAAGAACAGAGAGGCACGGCGCCUUUAAGUGUCAUUGUGCAAAACCAUCCCUUCAGCUAUUCUCAGUUCUUGUUAUGACAUAUAUAUAUAUUAUUGCUUUCUUAUCGUCCUUUCUUAUUGCAUAGUUAGAUUGUGUUCUCACCAUGUUAUGUGUGUUGCCCCACAACAUUGAAAGUUGUGGAACUGGUUGCCAGCUCUGUACAUUUCAAUUUAUUCUCAUUUGGUUUGUUUUGGGUUAUUUUGGGUUUUUUAGGCUACCGAAUUAGUUUUCCUUCCAUCCUGUUUCCAGAGGAAUGCAACAUUUGAUGUAAAAGGUUUUUUUAAAGUCAUUUAACACAUUACCAGGUACCUGUAAGAAGGUAAUAUUUUAAGAGUAAUAAAGCUGCACUGUUGUUCCAAAUUGUUAAA